AUGUCACAGCUGCAAGCUGGAGAGAGCUUAUUAACAGCUUUGAUAUCUGGGUCAACUGCGGCAGCAGUGACAUCUACAUUUACCUAUCCAUUUGAUUGUAUAAAGACUCAGCAGCAGUUGAAUAAUCCACUGAAAAUGACCAGGUAUAAUAUUCCGGGAAACUUUCCUAGUAGUCUAAGUCAAAUUAUGAAAGGAAGCAGUGCAUUGGUGACAGGAAAUGUUUUGAAAAGUUGUGCUAGGUUAAUUCUGUAUAACUGGCUGUCAAAAUUCAUGUCCAUAGAAACCCAUGUAAAGGAUGGAAAACUUGUUCAAAAAACGACAGCACCUAGGAUCGUCAUUGCUGGUGCAAUGAGUGGACUUAUAGAAAGUCUUUGGAUAAUUCCUUUCGAAAAUAUAAAAAUUGCUAUGAUUCAAAAUAUGACUCUACAUAAUGAACUUAUUAGAACUAAGGAGAAGGAUGCUAUAUAUGACAUCACCGGCACAAGUGUUGCAAAUAAACACCAUAAGACUUCCCAAAAUAUUUUCAAAAAGCAAUACGUAUCACCUCAUGCGUAUUGGACUUCUGAAGUUGUUGCACAGUAUUAUGGUCGACAACCUUCAAGGUUUCAUUCUUCAAAGCAACCUAAGAAAGAUUCUUUGAAAAGUAAGUACAACAAAAGCCCUUCGUUGUCAUUGGUCGGAACAUGUCGUGAAAUAUAUUCAUUGAAAGGACCCCAGGGCUUUUUUGCUGGUAGUUUUGUAACAAUAUUUCGCCAAAUGGCGAUAUCCUCUGUUUGGCUAUCGAGUUAUAAUGCUACUAGUCAAUUAAUCGAUCCAGUAGGUGGUAGCAAAGAAGUGAACUGGUUCGGGGGUAAACAUACCGCGAUCCAGCUGAUUGGCUUACAUUUGGUAUCAUCAUUUGCGGUUAUUGCUGCUACUCAACCAAUUGAUGUUGUUAAGACACAUAUACAACUGAAGAACGGAAAAGUCAUUUAUAAAGACUCGUUAAGUACAGCUUAUAAGUUGUUUAUGAAUCAAGGCUUUAAAUCCUUAUUUCGAGGUGCAUUUCCAAGGUAUUUGAAGGUUGCAGUAAGUGGUGGAUUGACGGCAUCCGUGUACAGCUAUGUCGAAAAUAUCGUUAACGUAACUGGAGGCGAGACUUUGAUCACUGAAUAG